GAUUUUCUUUUCUAUUUUUUUCUGUCAGAUGACUGAAAAAAAUAUGUAAAAAAUUGUGGCGAAAAGUGAAGCCUACUCACUGCACCUCAAAGGGUUAAAUGAAAUCAUUUGCGAAUCGAGGAGUAAAAUUAAAAGCAUACGAGGAGUAGAAUCAACGAGGAGUAAAAGAGAAACCGACGAGGAGUAAAACGAGGGAUAAAAUUAAAAAAAAAAACUUCCUAAACAUUUCAAUAUCAUAUGACACGUUUUGCAGCACUUCGGAAGCUUCAUCGCCCUUUCCGACAAAGCCUUGGCGGGAGUUUCGACUUGGCAACCUGCUGUGGCUCUUCGGCCGAUUGUUCGGAGUGCAGAAUCGGAGUUCAUGCCGUUGCCGACGGAUUUAAGCGGCGGUGGUGUGUGUGGAUACGUGCGGAAUCAUGGCCGGCUUGCCCGCAUGGGGCCCGUUUUGACUUUUACUUUUUCCGGUGGUCGGGACUUUGUUUAGGGAUGUUUACUUUCGAGAGCGGGAGUUCAAAUCUCCUCGGCCAGUUGAACUUCCCGGAGCUUCGAUCAUCUACUGGCAGCGGGACUUUAGGAUGUAAUAACGCUAUGUCAUCCUACGCAUUGCAAUAUCAGCCAUUCGGCUCUGAAGGUUUUGACCAAGAUACGUCUAGGUUUAAUUCUUCUAAGCCGGGCCCUUAUUCAGAUGCAUUUUUCAUUGAUGGGCCACAUCCUAAUCAAGAUCCAUGGUCUACAAGUUCAAGUUUGCAAUCCUCUUCCUAUUCUUAUGCAAAUUCUGUGAUUGGUAUCCCUGCAACACACCCACCACCUACAUCAUCUGCCUUUUCCACAAUGCAUCUUCCUCCUGAGCCAAUGGGUUAUAAUACAGCAUCAACAAGCCAUGAUCCUUCAUUAAUGGCCAAUAGUCUUCCACCCAUGUCUAGCUUCAGAGACCCGUCCAGCCAUAGAACGUCUAUGGCCCAUUCAUCUGCCUCUCCUCUUUAUGGCCAAACUACAAGUCCCCCAAGUCCAUUAAGUUCCACUGAUCCACUUGUAAAUAGAGGUGCUCAACCAACACAGACUGGGGAUACGUUAGGAAAAGCUCUUGCAUCUAUAUACUCAACUGAACCAUCUGCAAAUAGUUUUUCUUCAACUCCUGCAACUCCAGUUAGUUCACCUUCGCCUCUUUCAGGGGUAACACAUUGGUCUCGCAGUGGAAAUCACGCUGCACCUCCUCCAAACUCCGGUUACUCAGAAGGAACGUUACUUCCUUUGCAAGGGAGACUUGAAGACAGAAUUGAUGAAGCAUUUCACAUUCUCAGAGACCAUGCUGAGCAGUCUCGAGGAGUUAUGGAGGAACGCUUAGAUGAUGCAAUUAAUAUUUUGAGGAAUCACGCAGAAGGACCAGGAUUACAGCCAGUGCCUCCUAAUACUGCAUUAAAUGACAUUUCCCCGGUAACUGCACAUUCCAAUGGUCUACUAGCUACGCAAUCAUAUCCUGGUGUAGCAAUUAUAUCUUUAGAUCCUCAUGUGACGGGUCCUACGAAUCUUCCAGACAAUGUCUUGAGAAGCAGGUCAUCACAACCAGGCUCUUCUGGGCAACUAGCUGCUUCUCAGUCUUUUGGACUUCCUCCAGAUGCUUUACCUAGUAUAAAAGAUAAAGUGAAAGAAGUUGAAAAGUCAGACUUAAGUAGGGUGAAGUCAGCUACACCAAAUGCUAAUUCUACUCCUUCUAUCAGCACUCCUACUGGCAAUAGCAUAUCUGGUACUCCUCCUGUAUCAUCUCCAACCUCUACUUCAUCAACAAAUACAGCUACAAAUAUAGGAUCAUCUAAAGGAACCAAGCGCUCUAGAACCAGGUUUAGUUCUGGGGAUGAAGAUGAAGUGCCUGAAAUAAAAGCAGAGAAAGAUAAAGAAAGGAGGCAGGCAAAUAAUGCCAGGGAAAGAAUACGUGUUCGAGACAUAAAUGAAGCUUUCAAAGAAUUGGGUAGAAUGUGUAUGGUUCACCUUAAGGCAGAUAAAGCACAAACAAAAUUAAAUAUAUUGCAUCAAGCUGUUGAUGUUAUUACUAAUUUAGAACAGCAAGUCAGGGAAAGAAAUUUAAAUCCAAAGGCAGCUUGCUUAAAGAGAAGAGAGGAGGAAAAAAAUGAGGAAGGGCCAAAAUUAGGCAUGCAUACAAUUCCACAUCCUCAAGCCUUGGAUUCCCUAACACAUCAACGGUUGGCUACUUCAUUACCUGGAAUCCUUGCUCCCAUGACACUAUCGAGCCAGUGCACAACGACAUUUGCCGAUGGCCACGACAUUGAUCCGCCACUUCUGCCUUAAGACUUUGUUGUCUGUAAAAUAAGGAGACAAAAAGCCAAAUAACAUGGGGAACAUAAGUUCUUCCUCCUGGUCAGCUUCCUGUAAAACAACUCAGUCCAGCCAUAUCUUUUCAUAAAAAUACAGAAACUUCAUAAAGGAUAUGCCAGUCAACUCUUCCACCGGCAUACUAUUUGCUGGCCUGUUAAAUGCUUUUCUUCAUUGCAUAUACUAAGGAGGAAUCAAACUUCAGUUUUAAGAGACUCAGUGUGGCUUCAUCAGAUGUUGCCCUUAGUUAAUAUAGAUGUCAUAUAUGUAUAUGGAAAAAAAAACAUCAUUUUUUAUCAUUAUUCUCAUUAGUUGUACAUGGUUGUUAGCAUUCUAUUAGUUGCCAUUUUGUGUUAUUCGCUUUGUUAUUUUGUAUGAGUAUCUUAUUAGUGAUCACAUCAGAGUAUUUUUAUGAACAGUUGUGUGUUUUCAUUAUAUUUAUGUUUUUUAUUUCUCAGACACAUUUUAACAGUUGUAUACUGCACUAUGUUGCUGCCAAAAUAUUUUUGUUAUGAAUUUGUGUAUAAAAUAUCAGUGUCAGGGAAUGAUUUUAAGUUGUUUAUGCUUUAAAGUCAUUUAAAAUCAUUUGUGUGGUAGCUAUUCUUUUUUUUUUUUUAAUGUCUUGUACUUUGUCAUUUAUGUUGAAGACAAUGUAAAAAUUUGAAUGCUGCAGGAGCAUAAAAUAUGUGCAUAUUUUUAAAGAUAUUGUUUCUGUUGUAUGCAGGAAAAAAGUCUUCUUGCCAUUGCACUUCUUUAUUCCUGCUUUUGUGCAAGCAUUGGAAAAUAGUUAAAUCAAUUUCCAGGGUAGAUAAAUAUGAAAGACAGUAACUUUUUAUAGCUUUAUAUCAGUAUUAAAGCAGGUUCAUCUUGCAGCUUUCAAGUUACUUGGCAUCUCUUUAAUGUUUCCCCCUUCCAACUUACUCCCUUCUUUUUCACCAAUAUUUACCGGUUUUUUGUAAGUAAUUGAGAAAAAAAACUGCUGUUAUAAUGUUGAGGACUGUACAACAAACAAGCUUUUUAUUUGAUUGUUGGGUUUUACUACAUUGAAAAGCAAAUUUUAAUCAUUUACCUCUACAUAACAUAGAUUCCCAAAAUUUAUCUUACCAAAAUUUGCUUUUCUUUGUAGAAUCCUCCAGUUUUUUCUCCUUUCAAAUCAAGCUUGCCUGUUGCUUUGCAAUAUUUGUUUUCUGUAAGGAUGUGCUUGUUACUAUUUUUAAAAUGUUUUAAACAUGUUUUCACUGAAAGCAGCAAGAUAUUUAAUGCUUUGAAAGCAACUUUACUUAUGAUUUGUAAACUCAAAGAUAUCUUGUAAAUAUUUUAUGUAUAGAUAUAAAAAUUACAUAAUGCUCAGAGCUGAAGCUAUGAAUCAUCAGCUUUGUUCUAUAAAUGGUUUUAGAAUAUUUAUUUUGUAUGAACUUUUUUUAUAAUUUUCUUGGAGAAUUUAUUUAAAAACUUUUUAAAUCAUGCAAUAGUAAUCAGUAUAAUUUCAUUAUGAACUUGCAUUUAGUAUUUAUAUAUUGUUUUAUGUUUCUGCAUAACAUGAUCAUAUUGCAAACAUACUUAUGAGCAUUGUUACAUGAUUUUUAAUUUUUUUACACUUCAAACUAUGCAUAUACGAAUAACUUCACUCUAUGACAGUGAAAGUCAGCAAAGUUCCUUUUAGUACAAAAAAUGAAGGGUUAUAUAUAAUCAACUGCAUGCUCUUAUUCAAAUUGUAUUUUGUUGUAAGCUGUAUUCCAUAAAACGAUUUUCAUAAAAUACGACGUUGAAUAAUGUAUGUAAGAGUCAGAUCUGAUGUACAAAUAGUUAAAAUCAUUGAAGACAAAUUCUUGCACUUUAUACAUACUUUCUGCAAUGAUCAUAAUAUUUUUAUACGAUUCAUCAUCAUCAUUAGAAGCUAUGAUGUCUCUGCAGGGCUUCUAUCUGGACAAAUGUACAGACUGUUUUUUGUUGUAGUGAUACUAACUACUAUUUGAAACAGCUUGGGGUGGUGGAACUUCUACUUGCCUCUUGUUACACACCGUCUUGGCUUCAGUAUAAGUGGUGUGUAUUGUUGACUAUUCACACCUGUUGCACACUGUCUCUCCUGGCAGAGGGGAGAUCUGAAAAUAAAUGGUGCCAUCUUUCUUAAUAUUGUUUUUCAAUUCUUUUAGUGUGUAUGAUAAAAUAAAAUUAGUUUUUUAUUCUCUG